UUCCACUUCGACUACUAUAUAUGUCCCUCAGACUCGCCACACAACAGACACUUCGUCGUACUUUUGCACACCCAUCCCAAAUCCCUCGCCACUUCCACAGCACACCUCUCAUCAUGGGCGUUACCGAGAUCCAGUCCCUUGCGCAGUUCAAGGAGAUCAUCAACAGCGACAAGCCCUCCGUAAUCGACUUUUGGGCUACAUGGUGUGGACCAUGCAAGAUGAUCUCGCCCAUCUUUGAGAAGAUUUCCGCUACUCCCGCUGGAGAGAAGAUUGGAUUCUACAAGGUGGACGUGGACGCUCAGGAGGAGAUUACUCAGGAGGUGGGAGUAAAGGCCAUGCCUACCUUUGCCUUCUUCAAGAAUGGAGAGAAGAUUGACACCGUCGUUGGCGCUGACCCUGGCAAGCUGCAGAGCACCAUCUCCAAGUACGACGUUUAGAGUUCCCGACCAUCUGAUCGCAGCUCCCCGACAUGUACCUCACUCAUGCGUAGCUACUUGCUAGCUAUUCUUAAUCAAUCAACACUAUACAAGCCAACAUGAUGAUGUAUUUGUGGUCGGAGGACAGCCAAUUGACCCCAAUCAGCCAGACUUGACGCUGGUGCAAAUGGCGUGUACAUAUCGCCAGCCCUCACUGACCAAGGCAAAGAAGGGCGGGCAGGUCAAAGCCAGCGAUCCUUGUCUACUUGUCCCGAGAAGAGAAGGUGAUGCACUUGCCACGCCAUGUCCGGUUAUGUACCAUUCUCUGCGUCACACCCUCCG